AUGCACUAUGAUAAAGACACGAAAUUAGACGAUGAGAAUGGGAAAUUAGACGAUGAUAAAGACUCUAAAUCAAACGAUAAAGACGCAAAGUCAGAUGAUGAUAAAGACGCUAAAUUAGAUGAUAAAAAAAAUCAUGACAACAAUAAUAUUAAAAAAAUACUUCUUGGAUAUCUUAGGGAAUUUCCUCAGGAUAAAUUUAAUGGUUCGUUGAAGGACAAUAAUCUGUUGGAUCAGAUGAUAAAAUCAUCUACAGAGUUGUCAAAUACACAAAAAGCAGAGUAUCAAAAGAUCAGAACUUCUAUUAAUAAUAUUUACAAGGACGAAGAGCAUGAUCAUUAUUUUGUUGAUCCGGAUGAUUUAGAGUAUAUUGCUAUUUUUCUCGAUACGUCAAAACUUUUUUGGAGACAAGAUAAUGAUCCAGAUUCUCAGAUUAGUCAAGCGAUUAGCAAUUGA